UAUGCCAAGGCCAUUUCCACCACCCCAGCCUUGGUUCACGUGACGCAUGCAUAUACUUGCGAGGCUUAUCAGUCGUGUUAUUACAGUGACUGCCGUCUAGCUGUAUGUCGUCGCCGACGGAUCAAAGCGACGCUCUUGGCGACUAUCCCGAGCUGAGAAAGCAUGUCCUGAAAAAUGUACUGCACACCCGUACCAUCGGUGCCGGGACCUACGGCAUAGUGGAGGAGGUCGUCAUUCCUUCGUCGGGAACCAUCUGCGCGGCCAAAAAGAUACACGCCUUCAACAUCCAAGACAGAGGUCUAAUGGUCAGGGAGUUCGCAAAGGAGUGCCAACUGAUGAGCAGCCUACUACACCCAAACGUCGUCCAGUUCUUCGGCAUUUACUAUUUUCCAAGCGAUCCACUACCCUCGCUGGUAAUGGAGAGAAUGUUAACGAGCCUUCACGAUUUAUUGGAUCCGAAAAAGCGUGGCACAACGGAAAAAUCAUUAUUCUCGCUGGAUCUAAAGUUCUCCAUAUUGCACGAUGUGGCAAGCGGUCUAGCCUACCUCCACGACCAAUCGCCGCCAAUCGUCCACCGAAACCUGUCAGCCAAAAAUGUUCUUCUCAAUUCAGGGAUGGUAGCAAAGGUUGCUGAUCUGGCCGAAGCUCGUAGGGUGUCCAAUACGAAUAUUGCCACCCUCAUGACAAAGUGCCAUGGAGCGCUCUAUUACUUGCCACCCGAGGCACGUACUGAGCGACCAGAAUAUGAUGGAACAAUCGACACAUUUUCCUUUGGGGUCAUUGCCAUCUUCACAAUCAGCGAGAACUUUCCCUGUGAUGUUCUUGAGCCCAACUACACGGACGAGGCGAGCGGGCUCUUAGUGCCUCGCACUGAAGUAGAACGACGUAUCAAGUAUUUGAAAAAUGUGGAAGUCAAGCUUGGUGGGCGUCACCCUCAUCUCCUUGAACUGAUCAGAGUUUGUCUGCACAAUCACCCACCUAAGAGGCCAAACAUGAAAACGGUGCUGGAUCAGCUAAAAAAAGCAGGGGGUGGCGGUGCUAGGCCGGAUGAAGAGAAUGUUUUAAUCAAAGCUCUUAGACGUCAGGUUGAAGAGCUACAAUCAAAUAUUGAGGCAAAGGAUGGGCAACUGUCGAAAUCUCAACAGCAACUGCAAGAUAAGGAAUGUGAGUGGAAGGAAAACAAAGCUAAGCUGACAAAGGAAAUUGCAGAACUAAGGAAAGAAGAACUUGAGUGGAAGGAAAAUAACGCUAAGCUGACCAAGGAAAUUGAGGACCUAAGGAAAAAUGCGACUGAGGCCAAGGGCGAGCCAGAGCAACAACAGGAGCAGCUGUUGAAAGAACAAAAUGAGGAGAUGCCAAGAAGGAGCUGUCAAGUUGAAGGAUCUAGUCCGUCAUUGUGGGAACUAUUGGAACGAUUGGCUAGUGUAGAAAAAAAGUUCUACGUGAUUGGACUGGGUCUUGGGGUCAAGGAAAAUGUACUUGAAACAAUUGAGGAAUCCAAAGAAGCUUGUCUUCGGAAGGUGCUCCGUGAAUGUCUAAAGCAAGUGAAGCUUACAUGGAAAGAUGUAAUUGAUGUUCUCUCAUCUGACGCAGUUAAAGCGUCCACACUAGCUGAGAAGCUGCGUAAAGAGUUUUGUUCCUCUGCUGCUGCACCAGAUUCAUCAAGCAGUGUUAAAGCACCAACAAAACCUGGAGGUAAUCACUAACUACAGUAGUACUUAGUAUAUCUCUUUCAGUCACAGAUUCGGCUUCUGCGAUCGAUCAGCAUUUUUCGGCCAGCUCUCCUGAGCCCAUGCGUUAUUCUGCACAAAUCGACACACCCACUUUCCUAAUUUCAUGCAGCGCGAUCUCUCUCCCGGUCAUUUUACCAGACCUAUAUACGCACAGCCUCUGACAGCCUGCUGAGACAUUUAUGACAUGUGUCACUCAAUCCGGACCUUUUUGCUUGUUUUUUACUGAAAGGGUAGAUGAAAGGAACAUCAAAGCUCCAACCGACACAUCCAAGUGCCGACCGACCACUUCUGAGGAUGCAUGGGUGGUUUUUAUGACAUAAUGCCGCCAUGCCGCACGCCUACCGGGUCAAAAUUCACAAUUAUAUGGCUGAGCUUCAGCAGAGAUACAACCUACGAUCAGAGGACCUGGACGAACCAUGUUCGUACCAGCACAGAUUAGAUAUUGGCACAUUUGUAAGCUGGAAGGUCGUGGGUCCUCGUCUUGGCAGGAUUGAGCAAAAAGACAUGGAUGACAUAAGCCUUGACAUGUAUAACGAACAAGAAAAGCGGCAGAAUUUACUACAAUUAUGGGUGGAGAGGAACGGAAGUAAUGCGACGUAUAAUGCAAUCAUCACUGUGAUGUUGGAGGUGAAGAAGCGGAGUGAAACUGAGAAGGUCUGCAAGUUGCUUACUCCCAAGGGCUCGGUCAGCUCCAGUACUGGAAAACUUACUUGAUUCUCAUGUUGCCUAUACUGUUGUGAUACAUGUGUGCAUCUUUUUUCAUUUGUGCAAGACCUGUUUAAUUUUUUGUAUUUACGUGUGGUACAGUUGCACAAGUGGUCGUAACUGUAUGUACAGACAGAGCACAUUCCAGUGUACAUUCCAUACACCACGUGCAGCACAUUUGAUACAAAAGGAGCAACUAGUAGUGUGUGCCAGUUUGAAUUCCUUAGGUGUAUUAAAAUGACUGCUGCUGUUCCACAUCAUCAGUU